ACACAAACUCCUCUUCUCUUCUCACUUGUUCCUCAUUUCUACUUAGAGUUUCAUCUCUGCCUUAUCCGCCAUGGCAGCUGUACCUCGCAGGCCAUCAAAUCCUAGGGCAGAAAGACACAUGUUUUCUUCAUCAGAUGACAAUGCAAUGAUGAAGCAAAUUCAGGCCACUCAUGCUCCUGAUGGCCGUGAAUUUGCUGUCAGACCUCUUCUUCAUCUUGUUGAAGACAUUUUCCAACGUGCUGCACCUACUGGCCUGGCUACACUUGUUCAUCCUCAGGGAGCUCAUCAGGCACAACUCGAUGCAAUAGAUGACAAGGCUCUUCAAAAUGGAUUUUAUGAAAUGAUGGAUGUUCUGUCACACACAAUCAACAAAAUUUCCUGCGAGAUAUCCUGCAAGUGCUCUGGUGGUGGGGAUGCGCAUGCAACAACAUUGUCUAUAUUUAACUUGCUAUCAAGCUACUCAUGGGAUGCAAAGGCGGUGCUAGCCUUAUCAGCAUUUGCGGUGAACUAUGGCGAAUUCUGGCUUGUUGCCCAGCUAUAUCUUACAAACCCACUGGCCAAAGCAGUUGCACUCCUUAAGCAAUUGCCAGAAAUAUUUGAACGUGCUGACUUACUGAACCCAAAAUUUGAGGCACUUAACAACCUUAUCACCGCUACUUUGGAUGUUGCCAAAUGCAUUGUUGAAUUCAAGGAGCUUCCAUCUCAGUACAUCACUCCUGAUGCACCAGAAAUGUUAACUGCUACUGCUCAUAUCCCAACAGCCGUUUACUGGACCAUCAGGAGUAUUGUGGCUUGUGCAUCACAAAUUAUUGGCCUCACUGGCAUGGGUCAUGAAUACAUAGCAUCGACAACAGAAGCAUGGGAGCUAUCAAGUUUGGCCCAUAAGGUCAGAAGCAUUCAUGAGCAUCUCAUGAAGCAGCUCACUCUUUGUUAUCAUCACAUAGAUGAGAAAAGGCACAUUGAAGCUUAUCAAACGCUUAUUCGCCUGUUUGAAACUCCCCACAUUGAUAACAUAAAAAUUCUUAGGGCUCUGAUUUAUGCUAAGGAUGAUCAACUACCACUCUAUCAUGGUGACACCAAAAAAAGGGCUAGCCUUGAUGUGCUAAGGAGGAAGAAUGUGCUGCUAUAUAUCUCAGACCUUGAACUACCCCAUGAAGAGCUUGCAAUGCUUGAACAAAUGUACACGGAGUCUCGGGAUCAACCAACAAGGACAGAAAGCCAAUAUGAGGUAGUGUGGCUUCCUGUUGUGGACCGAUCAACCCAAUGGAAUGAUGCGAAACAAAGUCAAUUUGAUAGUCUCCGAUCAGCGAUGCCAUGGUACUCAGUCUAUCACCCUUCACAGAUUGAUCCCGCAGUCAUCAGGUACAUCAAGGAGGUCUGGCACUUCAACAAGAAGCCCAUGCUCGUGGUCUUGGACCCGCAAGGGAAAGUAGUGAAUCCUAACGCUAUCCAUAUGAUGUGGAUUUGGGGAAGCAUAGCUUUCCCUUUCACUAGCUCCAGGGAGGAAGCACUCUGGAAAGAAGAAACCUGGAGAAUUGAGUUAUUGGCAGAUGCUAUUGAUGCCAAUAUCGUCGGCUGGAUUCAAGGAGGGAAGCACAUAUGCUUGUAUGGUGGAGAGGAUAUAGAUUGGAUCCGGAAAUUCACCCGAAGUGCACAUGCCGCUGCACGAACAGCCAACAUCCAGUUAGAGAUGCUCUACGUAGGCAAGAGCAAUCCAAGGGAGAAAGUCAGGAAAAACAAUGACAUAAUUCAAGCAGAAAAUCUUAGCCAUAUAUUGCCAAACCUUACAUUGAUCUGGUUCUUCUGGGUGAGGCUAGAAAGCAUGUGGCACUCCAAGGUGCAACAUAACAGGACUGUAGAGAAUGACUCAAUCAUGCAGGAGAUUGUGACCAUGCUCAGCUUCGACGGAAGUGAUCAUGGAUGGGCUGUGAUUAGUAGAGGAUCAGGAGGCGGGGAUCAAAUGGCAAAGGCAAAAGGGGGUGAUAUUUUGAAGGGCUUUGAUGACUUUCCGUCAUGGCAGCACAACUUUACAGAUGAGAGUGGAUUUGUGCCUGCACUCAAUGACUACCUCCAUGGACACCAUGACCCACUUCACUGCAACAGGUUGAUUCUGCCAGGGACUACCGGAAGAAUCCCCGAGAGGGUGGUUUGCGCUGAAUGCAACCGCCCCAUGGAGAAGUUCAUCAUGUACCGCUGCUGCACCGAUUAAGCUCAUGUUAACUAGUCUAAUCUUGUGUGUCCCACAGCCAUAUCUAUGGUUUCAGCUGUGGAUUGGAGAUUGAAUAACUGUUUCUGCUGCUGUUGCAACCAGUGCUUGCUUGCUACUGUUAUUGUAUAAUUAAAAGAUGUUGAACAUGCAGGAGGGGGAACUUGCUUUCUCUCUCUGCAUAUUAUUUGUAAUAUUUCUAUCCUAAGUAUCUCUUUUAAUCAAUGCUUAAUUUAUUUGUAA